AUGACCGAUGAUCAUGAAUUAUCGCCCGACGUGGAGACAGGAGACGCCACGCGAACGGUGCAGCGACGCCGCCGGCCCCCACUGUCGUGCACCGAAUGCCGGCGACGUAAGCUCAAGUGCGAUCGUUCGCUGCCAUGUGGCCAGUGUAUUCGCUCCAAGACCGCGGAAUCUUGCGCCUUUGUCGGUCCUCAGCCAGGAACAGCCUCGCAUCCCUCGCACCCCAUGUCACCGCCGGUCUCACGCAUGCGCCUAUCUAGUGCUUCCGACGAGCAGUCGCGAGGCUCCGGGGGCAUGUUCGUAUUCGACGCAAAACUAGGUCCAAAGUCAAGCUCUAGUCGCGUGUCGAAACGCAGUCAUCCGGACGAGCUGCAUGAGCUCCGACACCGGCUCCGGACCCUAGAGAACGCCCUCGGCAAAUCCAAUGUCUUCCAGACGCCUGAAACCUCGAUAUCCGAUGUUUUCUCUGAAGGGACAAUGUCGCAGGGCAGCCUAGAUGCGGCUGGUGUCGAUGAUCGAGUGCGCUUCUUGCCCGAUGGCAGUUUUCGGGGCAAAAAGGGUAAGACUCGAUACUUCGGCCGAAGCCAUUACACCACCACUGUUUCGUUCUUCCAAGACAUUGGGUCCUUUCUGCGGCGCGGCCGCAACAACGUCAAGGAUGCAGAGUACACAGAUAUGAAAAAGUUUAAGUGUGAACUAUGGUCGCGGGAGAGCCAAGAUCAUCAGCGUGCGUUUCGAGAACAAGCUUUCAAAUUGGACGAGAUGGUGCCUCCGCGAGAAGUGGCAGAUGAGCUACUUCGGUUAUAUUUGGAUACAUUUGAGACGACCCUUCGUAUCCUGCAUGUUCCUACCUUCUUGCGACAGUAUGGUGAGUACUGGGCAGUCGAUAAAAAGGCCGAUUCAGCUUUUGUUGCGCAAUUGCUGGCGGUAAUGGCAGCGGGAAGCUGCUUCUACGUGCCUUCGUUGGAACAGGACGAUAGGGACUCUUAUCAGAAACCCGCAAUGAAAUGGAUCAUGGCGGUGCAAUCCUACAUUUCUUGUACUUUUGUCAGUCCGGAUAUUGACUUGAGGAUGAUCCAAACUCAAUGCCUUCUCCUCGUGGCCCGUCUGGGAGUUGCCGGCGAUGGCGAUGUGGCAUGGGCCUCCUCUGGGUCCCUGAUCCGGUCUGCUAUGACAAUGGGACUCCACCGUGAUCCAUUUCGUUUUCGAAAGGCCAUGAAGCCCUACUGGAGUGAGUUACGACGAAGGCUUUGGAUGACCAUUGUGGAGAUAGAUCUCAAGAUCUCCCUCGAUCGCGGGGUACCUCCAUCUGUGGACUUGGAUGAGUGCGAUUGCGACGCCCCAUCCAACUGGGAUGAUAAUGAGAUGUCUGAGGAUAUGGAACAAGCCCCAACCAUAUCGGCCACAAAAACAACAAGUCAAAACUUCUACCAGGCACUGCUUGCGAAAACUCUAUCGCUGCGGUAUCGCAUUGCAAAGAGGAUCAACACGCUGAAAUUUGACUUAUCAUACGAUGAUGCCCUGCGCAUGGGGGAAGAUCUUUUGCGGUCGACCAAGUAUGCGUCUGCCUUAUUCGAUGAAAAUGCACCGGCAACAAACUCCAGCGACACCGCACGGCAUCGAUUUGCCCAAUCACUUCAUCUAUUCAUGAUGCGCAAAUUUCUUCUUGCCUUGCACCGCCCGUUUUCUCUCAGUGUAGCGCGUCUUCCAAAAUGCUCAUACUCGCGCAAGGUCUGCCUAGAAGCUUCUUUGGAGAUGCUGUCACAAAUGGAACUUUCAAACUCUCCCGAAACGAUGACGUACCCACACAUCACACAAUUAAGCAGUGGCAUGUUCCGGGAUGAGAUCUUCCAUGCUGCAAUUACAGUCUGUGUGGAGCUCUCGCUUCAGGCGCAAGAGAUGAGCCAGUCCAUUGGGACAACUCUGGACGGUGUGAACUCUAGCGUGCUAAUGAGUAUGGUACAAUCUCAGCAAAGUGUGAUGUUGCAGGCUGUUGAACGUACCGUGCAUGACUUUGGCCGACGCAUUGGUCCCAGUGGCAAGGGAUGCAAACCCUAUUUCUUCCUGAGCAUCAUAUUGGCUUCUGUCAAAUCGCGUAUCAAGGGUGAAGACCCGAUGGCGAAUGUGGAAGCGUCUUCCAAAAAGGCAGUCCGAGUGUGCCGAAUACUGUUGAAUGGGGUUUCGUACGCCGAUGCCCUCGUCGCUGCUGACCAUCAGGCUGGCCAGACCCCAAUGAUGCCCAUACAGACGACGCCUGUUUCCGGUGUAUCAAAUGAUUUCGAUCUCCCCUCCCUUCUAUCCGCGGACCUGGGCGAUUUCACACCUUUGGAUCUAGGCGGCUGGUUCGACGGCCUUAAUCCUGGCGUCAUCGAGCCUUGGGAUAACGAAUUUUUCGGAAGCUUGCCCUCGAUACCGUGA